AUGAACUUCACACAUUAUAUUUCAAUACUAUCACUUCUACGACUAAUAUCUUCAAUAGCUCAGAAUGUUUUCGAUGUAUCAUCUAAUUCAAGAGAGAUACUUCCUAUUGAUCACGAGAUUUAUUCUAAUUUAUAUACAUAUGCUCAUUUGAUUGACAUUUCAUAUUGUAUUUCAAAAGUACAACACAUAGAAAAGCCAUUUAAAUGCAAUAUUGAAUGUGAGGACCGUUUUCCAAACAUGACACUUGUUUACCAGUGGUAUUUUGAUGAUUCAGUAACUGGUUACAUUUCCACCACUUAUGACAAUAUUUUCCAUUACAACAGAGAUUCAGCAAAGCGAAAGCAACAGAAUAAAACAAUCAUUAUUGCAUUGAGAGGUACAAGGUCAAUAUUUGAUUCAUAUGCCGACAUGAGAGCUGAUAUGGUUGAUUUCACUAGUUUAGGAUCAAUUUUGAAACCAUGUACUGGAUGCAAAGUACAUAGAGGCUUUUACAAGUAUUUCCAACGAACGCGAGAUAUAAUCCACCAAUAUGUAAUGCAAGAAUUGAAAGGUGCCCAGCUUGGUAUCGAGAACUACGAAUUGGUAAUAUUGGGUCACUCAUUGGGAGGCAGUGUAGCCAUACUCCUAGCUUUAUUUUAUUUGGAUCUAGGUUUUGAAAAACUAACUGCGGUAACAAUGGGACAACCAUUGGUUGGUAAUCGCGAGUUUGUUGAUUGGGCCGAUGACGCUUUAGGUAGCAAGUACAAGCCUCGUCACGGUGAUUUUAAGCGUAAAUUCUUAAGAAUUAUUCACAAAGAAGACGUGGUCACCAUCAUCCCUAAGCGUGGAAAUUUUUUACCAUACCAACCAUUUGAUAAUCAAAUAUAUCUUAAUUGUUCCGAAUCAGACACGCGUCCUUCUCCAGAUCAGGUAUUCGACUGCAGAGAUGCUAGCAAUGAGCAGUGCAUAGAAGGAGACUUUCCAAACUAUCUUAAAUCUGGCAACGACUACUUACAGAUACAUAUUACUUAUCUACGAAGAAUGGGAUUGUGUGGGAUGAUAUAG